UCCCGCCAGCUUGGCAUUUAAAGCUCAUCUCUGCCCGACCAGGACAGCGACCCCCCGACACCGACCAAGACCGCCGGCACCACCACAGCAGAUAAGGUCAAUAUCGAGAAGCCAUCAUGGCCACCGAGAAGCGACUGUCUGCCAGGCGCAAGCACACUCUGAAGAGUUGCAUGCUGGUGGUGGCCAACAACCUCCUGGAGGCCGAGGCUGCCGAGAAGGCCGGGGAGCGAGAGAGGUUCCUGUCCGACAAAUGUCCUCCAAUGGACAUUCCAUACUCGGGUGAUGAGCUGCGGGAGCUCUGCAAGAAACUCCGCGAGCAGAUUGACAUCAGUGAGGAAGAACGUUACUGUAUUGAAUUCAAGCUCAACAUGGUCCUCAAUGAGGUCCGGGACCUGAAUAUCAAGAUCGUAGACCUGAGGGGCAAGUUCAAGAGACCCCGUCUGAAGAAGGUGCGCAUGUCAGCUGACGCCAUGUUGAAAGCUCUUCUGGGCUCCAAACACACCGUCAACAUGGACCUCAGGGCAAACCUCAAGCAGGUCAAGAAGGAGGUCAAGGAGGAGGAUAAGCAGCUGCGCGACGUUGGAGACUGGCGUAAGAACAUUGAGGACAAAUCAGACAGGAAGAAGAUGUUCGACAGCUAAACAUCGAUGACACCUGGCAGCUUCAGCUCGUCUCGUCCCAAACUCAAGAGUUUUAGCCCAAAAUGUGAAAGUGUGAAGACAUUCAACAUAAUGUAUUCUUUAGGUGCUUUGUAAGGUUCAGAUAGAAGACAGGAAGUUGAAAUAAAUGAUGGUUGGGUUUUGUGGUGUUUGUUAGCCUUCAUGCUAGCUAGAAUACUUGUUUUGUUUGGAAUAAAACUCUUGUGCUUGAGCCACAUUACUUGUUUC